CACAUUAACAAACCUUUUCCUCUCCCUCCUGAGCUUUCCCUCCUUCCUCCAUUCUUCUAUAUCAUCUCCUAAUCCACCCUGCAAUAAUUACUGCAAUCUUUUUUGUGUCAACAAUUCACAACAAGGAGCUAGGGGAAGAGGGAAGCCAUGGGAUCCUAUGAUGAUAAUGCACAAUUAAGGAGAGGGAAAUCAAUGGUAAACGUCGAGGCUGAGAGUUUGUCCGACGUCCUGCUCGAUAAUGGCGAGGCAGGGGCUAGAACAGAAUCAUCUUUGAGGAUGACUGCUGCAGGGAUGAUGAAGAGGAGGACUAGCUCGGAGCCGAAACUGGGGAGGCUCAACUCUGGGAUAGCCAGAGGGUUCAAGGGCAUAAGGUUUCUUGAACGGUCUGCCACGGGGAAGGAGUUGGACGCCUGGAGAAGUAUGGAGAGACGUUUCGACGAAAAUGCAGAAGGUGGGAGGCUCUGCAGAGACAAAUUUGGGGCCUGCAUUGGAAUGGGAGAUAGCAAGGAAUUUGCAGCUGAAUUGUUUGAUGCCUUGGCAAGGCGCAGGAAGAUUGAAGCACAAAAUGGGAUAACUAUAGAUGAAAUGAGGAAAUUUUGGGAAGACAUGACAAACCAAGAUCUUGAUACACGCCUCCAUAUUUUCUUUGACAUGUGUGACAAGAAUGGUGAUGGAAAGCUAUCAGAAGAUGAGGUUACAGAGGUCCUUGUGAUGAGUGCCUCAGCCAACAAACUGUCAAACUUCAAGGAAAAUGCGAGGACUUAUGCUGCUUUAAUCAUGGAAGAGCUUGAUCCUGAUCACAAAGGAUACAUAGAGAUGUGGCAACUAGAAACUCUGCUAAAAGGAGUGGAGGGAAAAGGAGAGGGGAAACAGAGUUUCAAGAGAACAUUCUCACUGACCAGAACCAUGGUCCCAAAACAAUACAGAAACCCAGUGAACAAAUUCAUGUCCCUGGCAAGGGAGAAAAUCCUGGAAAACUGGAAAAGAAUAUGGGUCCUCACACUCUGGCUGUGCAUCAACCUCUCACUCUUCACCUGGAAAUUCCACCAUUUCAAGAACCACCCAGCCUUCCAAAUCAUGGGCAACUGUCUCCCAUCAGCCAAAGGCGCCGCGGAGACCCUGAAAUUCAACAUGGCUCUCAUCCUCCUCCCAGUCUGCAGAAGAACUCUCACCACCCUCAGGGAAUCAUUCCUGGGAGCCAUAAUCCCCUUUGAUGAUAACAUCUCCUUCCACAAGAUCAUCUCCCUGGGAAUCGUAAUCGCAGCCUUUGUUCAUGCAUCAAUGCACACAGGCUGCAAUUUUGUCAGAGUCGUCUCGAGCCCACAGGAUAAAUUCAGGGAAAUUCUUGGCCAUUCUUUUGGCUAUCAAAAGCCUAGUUACUAUGACCUGAUGGAAUCAUUCCCCAGCAUAACAGGCAUUGUGAUCGCGGUCCUAAUGGCGUUUAUCUUCACCUUGGCAACGCAUUCUUUCCGAAAGAAUGUCAUCAAACUCCCACCACCCCUCCACCAUUUAGCGGGGUUUAACGCGUUCUGGUAUGCACACCAUCUGCUCGUACUAGUCUACAUCGUCCUCGUCUUCCAUAGCUACUUCAUUUUCCUCACAGAAGAAUGGUACAAGAAGACGACAUGGAUGUACCUUAUGCUGCCAGUGCUAGCAUAUGCCAGUGAAAGGGUUUUCCUUUCCUAUGAAAACAAACAUCAUGUGAAUGUCAUAAAGGCAGUUAUAUAUACAGGAAAUGUGUUAGCACUAUACAUGAGUAAACCUCCAACAUUCAAGUAUAAGAGUGGGAUGUACCUCUUUGUUAAAUGCCGGGAUAUAUCCAGCUUCGAAUGGCACCCGUUCUCGAUUACUUCUGCACCAGAUGACGACUACUUAAGUGUCCAUAUUCGCACCCUUGGAGACUGGACUACAGAGCUGAAAACCAGAUUUUCAAAGGCAUGUGAACCACAGUUUGCAAAGCCAAGAAAGGGGAAUCUUGUGAGAAUGGAAACGAUGUCAUAUUCGGAUGCUGGGAAAUCACAUACAGUAUUCCCAGAGAUUAUAAUAAAAGGGCCCUUUGGUGCACCAGCUCAGGACUACAAGAACUAUGAUAUUCUUUUGCUGAUUGGCUUAGGGAUUGGAGCAACACCAUUCAUCAGCAUUAUAAAAGAUAUAUUAAACAAUGAAUCUGUUGAUGGGCAGCAAAAUGGGGAGUCCAGGCCGGAGGACACACUGCUUGACAGGACAUAUCCUCACAGGGCUUAUUUCUACUGGGUGACAAGGGAACAAGGGUCAUUUGAAUGGUUCAAAGGUGUCAUGGAUGACAUAGCUGAGCAUGACCAAAAUCACAUUAUAGAAAUGCACAACUAUUUAACUAGUAUGUAUAAAGAAGGAGAUGCUCGUUCUGCACUCAUUACAAUGGUGCAGUCCCUACAACACGCAAAAACUGGACUUGAUGUUGUAUCAGAAAGCCGGAUAAGAACACACUUUGCUAGACCAAACUGGAAAAAGGUGUUCUCUCAAAUGGCAGCUUCACAUCCCAAUUCUAGUAUUGGUGUGUUCUAUUGUGGGAGCCCUGCGCUUACAAGCCAACUACUGGGGUUGUGCCAACACUUCAGCUUAAAUUCAUCAACUCACUUUGAUUUCCACAAGGAAAAUUUCUAAGUUGAAUUGGAUGGAUGGGUCACAAAUGUAAACUAUUUUUUGGGUCUUUUUCCUCUUUCUCAGCUGUAGGAAUCAACUGUACUCUUCCUGACUCUCCUCUCAGUAUUGACAGUCAUGAACUGAUACGUACUAUCCCCAGUUCAUCCAUUUUGUACAGCUCCAUCACUCACAUUUUUAUUUGUAAUUACUAAUUAGAACCAUAACCGGUCAAGAUUAGCGGGUAAUAGGUAGAGAAUUAAAAUUCCAACUUUACAUACUUAUAUUUGUCUAUUUACAAA